AUGGGACGCCCCCCACCCUGUGCAAUCCAGAAGUGGAUCUUUCUGUUUCUGCUGAUGGGAACGUGGGCAGGACUCACCAAAGCUCAGGGGUCCAAGGUCCUGGAGGGCCAGGAGUGCAAACCCCACUCCCAGCCUUGGCAGACAGCCUUGUUCCAGGGCCCGCGACUCGUCUGCGGGGGUGUCCUGGUAGGAGACAAGUGGAUCCUCACUGCAGCCCACUGCAAAAAACAGAAGUACUCAGUGCGCCUGGGCGAUCACAGCCUGCAGAGCAGAGAUAAGCCGGAACAGGAGAUCCAGGUGGCUCAGUCUAUCCAGCACCCUUGUUACAACAGUAGCAACCCUGAGGAUCACAGUCACGAUGUCAUGCUCAUUCGAAUGCGCCAUUCAGCAAACAUCGGGGACAAAGUGAAGUCCAUCAAACUGGCUGAAGAGUGUCCCAAAGUUGGCCAGAAGUGCACCAUAUCCGGCUGGGGCACUGUCACCAGUCCUCGAGAGAACUUUCCAGAUACCCUCAACUGUGCAGAAGUGGAAAUCUUUUCCCAGAGCAAGUGUGAGAAGGCCUACCCAGGGAAGGUCACGGAGGGCAUGGUCUGUGCCGGCAGCAGCAAUGGGGCUGACACUUGCCAGGGUGACUCAGGGGGUCCUCUGGUGUGCAAUGGAGUGCUCCAAGGCAUCACAUCCUGGGGCUCAGACCCCUGUGGGAAACCUGAAAAACCCGGUGUCUACACAAACAUCUGCUACUACAGUGACUGGAUCCACAAGACCAUGAACAACAGGGACUGA